GGUUAGUGGCAUCUUUUCUUUUUAUUUACAUAGUCCCGCCCUCGACUCAUCACAUUCAUCUUCAAUAGGUAUCUUUUAUCUUCUUAAGAUUAUAGAGUCAACUAGCAAUUCAUUCAAUUCGUGAAGAGACAGAUAAACAUGGCUUCUCCUUCAGAAUGGACUCCCUCGUCGUGGCGGUCCAAGCCAAUCAAGCAGCAGGCCGUAUACCCCGACCCGGCGGCCGUGCGCCGCGCAACCUCCGAGCUGAGCCGGCUCCCGCCCGUGGUUCAUCCGCAAGAGAUCGCCCGGCUCAAGGCUAGCUUGCGUGAUGUUGCGCGCGGCGAGGCUUUCUUGCUGCAAGGUGGUGAUUGCGCCGAGCUGUUUGACUACUGCCGCGCCGACGCCAUUGAGUCUAAGAUCAAACUCCUACUACAGAUGAGUCUCGUGCUCAUAUGGGGUGCCGACAAGCGUGUCGUCCGUAUAGGUCGUAUGGCCGGCCAGUACGCUAAGCCCCGGUCGAGUCCGACUGAGAAGAUCGUCGACGAGAACGGAGAGACUAAAGAAGUUCCCUCGUUCCGCGGCGAUAUCCUAAAUGGCUACCACCUCGAAGAGCGUGAUUUGGAUCCCCAGAGGCUUGUUAAAGCUUAUCACCACUCGGCUGCAACGCUCAACUACGUGCGAGCCGCCAUCGCGGCGGGCAUAGCAGACUUACACCGUCCUCUGAACUGGACUCUAGGCCACGUUAAGGACCCGCAGCUCAAGGCAAAGUAUACCGAGGCCGUGCGUUUCCUGCAGGACAUGCUGCGCUUCAUGCACACCAUCGGCGCCGACCGCAGCCCCAAGCUCGACACCGUCGAUUUGUACUCUAGCCACGAGGGUCUGCUACUCGAGUACGAGGAGAGCCUUACCCGGCUGAUGGAAAAGCCCAUACUCCCCGGCGACGAAGAGGCGGCCCCCGAAUCAACAACGGGGGAGCCGCAGAUGGAGUAUUACGACACCUCGGCGCACUUCCUCUGGAUAGGCGAUCGAACGCGCCAGAUCGACGGCGCACACGUCGAGUUUUUCCGAGGCAUUGCAAAUCCCAUUGGGAUCAAAGUAGGCCCCACGACACCGACGUCGGACCUGCUCGCACUUCUACGAACGCUUAAUCCGUCGUGCGAGGUGGGCAAGGUAACCCUAAUCACGCGGUACGGCGCAGCAAAGGUGCGCGAGCUGCUACCAGGCCACAUCCGUGCGGUCGAGGGGUCCGAGUAUCGCGGAGCAUGUAUCUGGCAGUGCGACCCGAUGCACGGCAACACGCGGUCGACAGCGUCGGGCAUCAAGACGCGGCGGUUCGGGGACAUCUUCGACGAGCUGCGCGAGACGCUAAGCGUUCAUCGUGAGGAGGGCAGCUACCUCGGCGGCGUGCACCUGGAACUAACCGGCGAUGCCGUAACCGAGUGCGUUGGCGGUAGCGAGGGCCUCGACGAGGACGAUCUGUCUACCAACUACACCAGUUUCUGCGAUCCCCGCCUCAACGAGAAACAAGCCCUCGAGCUCGCCUUCCUGGUGGCGGACUCGUUCCGCCAAGGGAGGAAGGACAUUCUUCACCAUUAGAGGUAGUGAACAUGGAAUAGCUCUCUUGCUACCUAUUAUAUGUACCUUCGAGUCAGAUACCUACCUGGGUUGCUAGUUAGGUACUUAGCCGCUAUUCGUAGACGAGAACACGGAAGAUGGGGAAUCGAAAUAGAAAGAUGAUAUUAAAGCACAUAAAUAAGGACACGGCAUGGCAUAGGAAAACAUCCUUGGUGGGGCCAUGGGGAAUGACAGGAUUUUAUUUAUGAAGGGAAGAGCUAGAAAAGAUAACCGCCUACUCGUCGUUUCAAGCGAGGAAUACGAAUACAGAAAAGUCCAUCGUUUUGUUGAAAUACCUUAUAGAUGAGAUAACUACCUAGCUAUAUUCCUACCUUAGAUACUCAAGGUAGAGGUGAACAAGGUGCCUCUGUAUAUAUGUAAGUGACCG